CCAGGGGCAAUGUCUAGAAGGCUGGACUGAGGCCAGGCUGUGCCCCCACCCUUAUGGGGAAUGAGAAACGGCCUAGGUUCAGGCUGCCUGUCAGGGCUGAUAAGGGGCCCUCUAGGGCUCCCACAAACGGUUUAUCAGGGUUUUUUUGGGUUUUUUUGUUUUUUUGGUGGGGACUAUUGCAGGGUUCAGGAGGGGGCACAAGCAUGGAGCAACGUUGGGGUCUACUUCGGAGAGUGCAACAGUGGUCCCCAAGACCCUCUCAGACCAUCUACAGACCCGUGGAAGGCCCUCCGCUGGAGCACCUGCAGGAGGAAGACAGGGAGGAAGGGGAGGAGCUUCCUGCCCAGUUCUGCCCCAUGGAACUCAAAGGCCCUGAGCACUUAGGCUCCUGUCCCGGGAGGUCAAGUCCCAUACCCUGGGCUGCAGCAGGUCGAAAGGCUGCCCCCUAUCUGGUCCUGACCGCCCUGCUAAUCUUCACUGGGGCCUUCCUCCUGGGCUACGUGGCCUUUCGAGGGUCCUGCCAGGCGUGCGGGGACUCCGUGUUGGUGGUCGGUGAAGAUGCCAACCCUGAAGACUCCGGCCGGGGCACGUUGUACCGGAGUGACCUCCAGGCCAUGUUUCUCCAGUUCCUUGGGGAGGGGCACAUGGAGGACACCAUCAGUCCAAGGAAGACAUACAGACCUGCAGAUACAGUGAGGAUGGAGGGAGGAAACCAGAACCUCAAAAGGUCUAGUUGGAAGGAUUCAGAGCUGGCAAGAUGGCUCAGCAGNCCUGAGCAGAGAGGUUUUGAAGUGCUCCANAGGCACCCNGGGAGGGCCGCAACUCUGAAGUGCCGGGUAGCUGUUGCCCAGGACUUUGGGGCCCAAGGAGUGCUGAUAUACCCUGACCCAUCAGACUUCUCCCAGGAUCCCCACAAGCCAGGCCUGUCUAGCCACCAGGCUGUGUAUGGUCAUGUGCACCUGGGAACUGGAGACCCUUAUACGCCUGGCUUCCCNUCCUUCAAUCAAACCCAGUUCCCUCCAGUAGAAUCAUCGGGCCUUCCCAGCAUCCCCGCCCAGCCCAUCAGUGCCGCCAUUGCUGACCAAUUGCUCAGGAAACUCACAGGCCCCGUGGCUCCCCGGGAGUGGAAAGGUCACCUCUCAGGNGCGGGACCUUAUCGGCUGGGACCCGGGCCCGGCUUACGCCUUGUGGUCAACAACCACAGAGUCUCUACUCCCAUCAGUAACAUCUUUGCGUGCAUCGAGGGCUUUGCAGAACCAGGUGGGCUUGUCUGCCCAGCAUCUCCCAUAGCUUGGGAGAGACCCUGGGGCGCUUGGACCGAUGGUAAUCGAAGAUGCGCUCACUACUCCCUAAACCCGGACACGACUUCCUGUGAUGCUGAGAGGGUUGGCAGCAGUGUGGAGUUCUACUUCCUGUCCCAGUAUGUGUCGCCAGCCGACUCCCCAUUCCGCCACAUUUUCCUAGGCCAAGGCGACCACACUCUGGGUGCCCUGGUAGAUCACCUGCGGAUGCUGCGCUCCGAUGGCUCGGGAGCCGCCUCCUCCUCCGGGUUGACACCAAGUCUGGGCUUCCAGGAGAGUCGCUUCCGGCGCCAGCUGGCGCUGCUCACGUGGACACUGCAGGGGGCAGCCAACGCACUCAGUGGCGACGUUUGGAACAUCGACAAUAACUUUUGAGGCCAGAAGCCCUCCAUGGGCCCCACGUGAUUCUCCUUUCUCCCUCUGAGUGGGUGCAGGCAAAGGAGGUGCCUGAGGAUUGUCACCUAUCCUCCUUAAAGCUCCUGCAGCGCUGGUGAGCCAUAUUUUUCUCAGCGUGACUGUCAUGCCGUAGCUUAUCCAGAAAGCAGUUUCUCUUCCCACCACAGGCCCCUCUGUCUUCAGGAGCAAAGUUCCUCAUCUCUAGAGACCAUCUAGACGCUGGGGUCUGAUCAGCUCUCUUAGAGCGUGAGGUGGACAGCGUCAUUAUUUUAUGACACAUGGGCGGUAUGUGGGCAGCCCCAGGGGGAUUAGAUGUCAAUAAACCAACUGUAACCUCUGUUGUCCAUACGCAAUUUAGCUUCCUCUUCAUGCCGUACCCACUCCUCAUAUCUGCCUUGAGACUAGGAAAGAAGGAAGGCACAGAAGGCAGCCGGCAGCUUGCAAGAUGUUAUCCACAUGGGGAAAAUAACAACUGUUCUAAUGUCUAAGAACACUGCCCAAAGAUAAUGGAUAGGAGGUAGGACAGUGGGGAUAACUCAUCAGGAAUGGGUGACUGCUGCCAAGCCCGGUGACCUGAGUUUAAUCCCCAGGACAAACAUGGCAAAAGAAGAGAACCAGUUCCCACAAGUUUUUCCUAUAUCCUCCAAACAUAUGCCCGUAAAAGCACAAAUAGAUANAUGUUUGUUUGUUUGUUUAAAGUGGCUUUGUGGUUAAGAAGGCUGGAUGCCAUUCCAGAAGACAUUGGCUCGAUUCCCAGCACCCUCAUGGCCGCUUACAACUGUCUGUAACUCCAGUUGCUGGGGACCAGGUGC